AUGCGUUUUCGUCUCCAGUGCCUACUCCUCGCGCUGUACCCGCCGACGGACAACGCUGCAGAUCGCCGCAAAUUGAAGGCAAGCGCGCUCCAAGCUCGUCUGCAGUUGUUGAGCGCCUUCUUCGAAGAGAUGAGCUACUACGGGAUGCUGGCCGCGUUCGAAGACACCGUCCACGACAAUCUCAUGUGGUUCGGAGGCAGGGCCGCCAAGCACGCUAGUGGAGCUAACGACGACUCCAAAUCUCGUGCCCAAGAAGACCUCGGUGCCCUGUUCAAACGUCACCGCCGUCGGUACGAUCAAGUUAUCACCAACGCCCUCGAUCCCUUCGACGUGGACAACAGCGGCUACCGUUCCAUCCCUGAACUUCUCGAGACGAGUCAGGCGAUAAACCCUACUCGCCCCAAGAACCUGCGACUUUCGGACAAGGCCCGGGCUCGCAUCGCUCUAGACGUCUCAGGCAGCAACCCUCCGAAAGGAAGCUGGGUCGGAAACCGAUCUUCUCUCCGACCGUUCUCUCCGUGUGACUCAAGUCGAAGUCGCCACGCUGCUGACUGCCAGCAAACCCGUGAAAGUGCACAACGAUCGACCGUUCCAGGUGUCCGAACAAGGGGAAGACGAUUCCGACUUCGAAGAAAACGGAGUGUUCACCGCCCUGAAACCGUCCCCGCCCGUCAAGUAUCAGCCUUCAAGUUCUCUCACCAAGCAUCUAGCGUACUACUUGGGACUCUCAUCCGACGAAGAGGACCAGGAUCAAGAAGAGAGCCACCCAGGCAGCGACCACGACGACGAAGAAGACAAGGAAAAGGUCCAAGAAGACACCAACUAAGACGCCGACGACCAAGAUGA